AUGCUUUUCUCCAUCUCUACCCUCGCCGCCAUCUCGGCCUUUGCCUCUGCUGCUCUUGGUGCUGCUCUGCCCGUCUCAGCCAACCCCAACAGUAUCGCCAAGCGCGCUCUGUCUGGCCAGGCCACUUUCUACGGUGGUAACACCUCAGGUGGACAGUGCUCCUUCACUCAGUACACUCUUCCCUCUGGAGUGUACGGAACUGCUCUCUCUGACUCCAACUGGAGCAAUGCAUAUGAAUGCGGAGCCUGUGUCGCCGUGACUGGACCUAACGGCAAGACCAUCACCGCAAUGAUUACCGAUCAGUGCCCUGGAUGUGGUACCAACCACCUCGAUCUCUACGAGGACGCUUUCCCCAACUUGGCCCCGAAGAGCGCUGGUGUCAUUAACGUCAGCUGGAACUACGUCGCUUGCCCUAUCACCACUCCUCUUUCCAUCCACAUGAAGUCCGGUGUCUCCCAGUACUGGUUCUCUGCUCAAGUCGUCAACGCUAAGCUCCGCACCUCCAAGCUCGAGGUCAGCAUCGACUCCGGCAAGACCUGGAAGGCUGCUACCAGAACCACUUACAACUUCUUUGAGAUAUCGAGUGGUUCUGGAGCAUCGACGGCAUGGAUCAGAGUCACCAGUGAAAAGGGCGACACCGUGACCGUUAAGAACGUGUCCCAGACUGGUGAUGUCAGAGUUACUGCCGCUGCCAACUACGCUUAA